AUGAACGCGCUAUCACGACGUGAGGAAGAUACUGUCGUCAAGACCGCCAAGGGGCGCGCUCUGAAGCUAUGUGAUCCGGUGGUGAAAGAAUUCGCCGAGUGCGCCACCGGACGCACUGUAUCUGUGGCGUGGGCAUGCAGGCAGCAAUUGCACGCUGUUGAGGAUUGCAUGAGGCAGUAG